AUGAUUUUUCAGUUGUUUGGAGUACCGGAGAUAAUCUUGACAGACAAUGGCACGCAAUUCGUCUCCAAAAGUUUCAAAGAUUUGUUGCAAGCCUACCACGUUAACCACUGGUUAACCCCAGCGUAUCACCCACAGAUUAACAACACCGAACGCGUUAACCGGGUAAUAACCACCAUUAUUAGAGCGACGCUGAGGAAAAAUCUCAAACAUUGGGCGGAUGACAUACAAACGGUAGCAAACGCCAUUCGCACCGCAGUUAACGAAUCGACAAAAUAUACCCCGUACUUCGUACUGUUUCGCAGAAAUCAGGUGUCUGAUGGAAGAGAGUACGCAAGCAUUCGGGAUAAUCACACCCCCCAAGCAGAAACACAGAACGAGAUUGAAAGCAAGAGAACGGAAUUAUACGAAGAGGUGAGGAAAAACCUGCAGAAGGCAUAUCAACGUCACGAGAAAAGUUACAACUUACGCUCCAAUUCUAGCUGUCCGCGAUGUGUCGAGGUAGAAACCGUGUUAAAAAAAUGUUUCGAUCUCUCAGACAAAGCAAAGGGAUUCUGUAAGAAACUUGCGCCUAAGUUUGAGCCCUGCGUGUUGAGAAAGGUGCUCGGUUCUCACACAUACGAGCUAGAAAACACAUCCGGUAAAAGAAUAGGAGUAUUUUUCGCCGAUCAACUAAAAAGUUUUACCCAGCACCGCACCUAG